AUGAUUAAUUAGGAAGCUUUAAUUACUUUUAGUUAUUUGCUUCCAGCUUCGAUCAGCGUCCUUUAUAUUCUAGCCAUGGGAGCUCGCUUUUAUGAUCUUCGUUCCAAUAUACGAGCCGAACCUCUCCCCUAUAAUUAUUCUAUUAUACUCAGAAUUUCACUGUUGACUCUAGACAUUAGUAAUAAUUCUUUUAUACUAAGAGCUGCUGAAUUCAUCGAGAUUUUAUUGGUUAUCUUCUAUUCUGAAACUAAACGGGACUAUUUGUCUGGAGUCUUAUUCGUAAACAUCUCAGCAAUCAUUAUGCAAAUAUUUUUGAUGUGUUACGAAUACAAGAAGCGAGUCCCAUUGUUCUUUGCCCACAAAAUCUAUUGGAUUCUUAAUUGGCUCUUCUUAUUGGUAUCAUUUGCUUUGCUCAUUAAUUACGUAAACUCCCUGCACCUUACUCUGAAAGGACACAUAUAUGAAUAUUGUCUGUCGCUCUUCAGGAUUGUCGAUUACACCGUGCUCUUGGUUUUUACCCUCUUCCUACGAAGAUAGGAUCUUAGCGAAUUCGAAAGUGUGGGAUUUUGGAGAAACGAAUUUCCAGACAUUGAUCUAUCAGAUUCAGAAAGGAGGGCCAGACUCUCUACUUUGAAUGGUAUUUGCUAUCAAUUAUCCUAAGCCAAUUCGGGCUCCCUCUUUUUGCAAAUUGAUGUGAAGAAGAGAUGGAACAUUGUUAAUGAUGAUGUCGAAGUUAAAUUAGAAAUUCAAAUCGUAGGGUUAGAUAAGCAAUUUAAAUUGAAGAAAUCUGUAUCUGAGAUUUUCGAAUGGCACCAAUCUUAUAUCUAUGAGAAUGCUGAUUACUUUGAGUAACAUCCAAAUGAAUUGUUGUCUCUCAACUUCUUUGUUAAAUAAAUUUAAGAUAGCCAAGACUUGCAACUUAUCAACAACAUUUAAAGAUAUUUAAAUGCCAUUAUAAGCAAAUUGGACCUGAUUACAUAAUCGUUUAUGGAUUUUAUAGAGUUAUCACAAUAAGAGAAAGCCUUGGUGGAUGAAAUAAAAUAAAUCAAUAAUAUUCAAAGCAAUCAGAAAUCUUCAUUAGCAAUUAAAUAGAUCCAACCUAUUCGAAAACAAAAAUGGGAUGUCUAAUCUGAAUAUUUACCAUAUAUGUAAGUGCAUAUCACCGAACACUAAACUAUAAAAAGUAAUAAUCAAUCAUUUUUACAAUAUACUCUUGUAGUGUAAUUUGAUAAUGAAACCUUUGUUGUGUAAAAGAGGUUCAAAGAAUUUUUUGAGUUUUGUGAGCAAAUGAAGAGUCAAUUAGAAACUAAGAAUUUUCCACCAUUUCCUCAAAAAACAUUAAUCAAAUUAACAAAUGAGGAAAUAGAGGAGAGGAAACAAGAAUUGGAAAUAUUUAUGAAAUUACUUCUGAAUGAUAGGCAAUACCAUAUAUCGUUGUUAUUUAGAUUUAUUGGUAUGCCACAAUAGAUUGAAGAUCUAGUGAGGAAUAUGCAAAGAUAAAUCAUAACAGAUAGUGAAUAAAUUGUAAAAUUAUACAUAAAAAAUAUUGGUUAUGAGGAGUUCCAUGGCAAGGAUGGAGAGAAGUUCUUUAGAUAUUCAUUUUAAAUAAGUUUUGGGGAUUAGAAGCACAUAAUAUGGAAAAGAUUUAGUUAAUUCGAUGAAUUACAUUACUUGUUGAAAUAAAGAUAUCAAUAAUUGCCAUAAUUACCAUUUAAGACCACGGCUGCAUUAUAAUAAAUUAGUCCGAACUUAAGGAGCUUAAACUUAUAAUAAUAUUUGUAAGAUUUAAUAAAAGUGCCAGCCAUUGGUGAAAAUGUCCAUUUAAGAUAAUUUUUAGAAAUGAAAAAUUUUUAAGGAAACCUUGAUAUUGAAAAUGUUAUUGGAUCAUUACCAUAAUUAGAAAAUAUUUUAGAAAAAUUAGAUAAAAAUAACAAAGAUAUAGAUUAAUUAGAUAAUAUGAAAAGCAGAUUAUGGUAAUGA